AUGAACUUCUUCAAGUCCAAGCAGCGGACGCCGCCAGAAGUUGUUCGAGGAUUACGCGACAGCGUGCAGAGGUUGGAAUCGGCGCCGCCGGGCGAGGCUAGGCGGAAGGCCAGUGAUGAGAUAAGCAGGGGAUUGCAGCAGAUUAAGGGUUUACUAUACGGUGACGGAGAGCCCGUCCCCGAACUCCUCGCCCAGCUCGCGCAAGAGACAUACAGCACCGACCUACUCUACCACCUCGUAACUCACAUCGCCAAGUUCGACUUCGAAUCCCGCAAGGACGUCGUUCAGAUCUUCAACAACCUUCUCCGACGCCAGAUCGGUUCGCGAUGGCCAACCGUCGAGUACAUCUCGGGCAAGCGCGAUGUCUUGUUUGUCGCGUUUGCCGGGUACGAGAACGAAGAUAUCGCGCUGAAUACGGGAAUGAUCUUGAGAGAGAUGUUGAGGCACGAGGGGCUCUGCAAGAUCCUGCUGUACUCGGAACAGUUCUACAAGUUCCCGCAUUACAUCGAGACCACUACGUUCGGUAUCUCGACGGACGCGUAUUCGAGUUUGAAGGAUACGCUUACGCGGCAUAAGCCAAUGGUUGCGGAGUACUUGGAGAAGAACUACGACCGGUUCUUCAACUCGUACACCACUCUGAUACUGUCCAACAACUACGUAACGAAACGCCAGUCCCUCAAGCUUCUCGGCGAGAUCCUGCUCGAUCGCGCCAACUUCGCCAUCAUGACCCGCUAUAUCUCCAACGACGCUAACUUGAAGAUGAUGAUGAACUUGCUGCGUGAUAAGAGCAAGAACAUCCAGUUCGAGGCGUUCCAUGUAUUCAAGGUGUUCGUGGCGAACCCGAAGAAGCCACCGCAAAUCGAGAGCAUUCUGCGGCGAAACAAGGAGAAGCUUCUUGCCUUCCUGAAGGACUUUCACAACGACAAGGACGAUGAGCAGUUCACAGACGAGAAGCAAUUCCUCAUCGUCCAAAUACAGAACCUAUGA